AAUGUAUUCAUUUGCAAACGUUGAAGACUAAAACUCCAGGCAAUAUCUCAACUUGUAAUGUCCGUCCCCCUUUUCCCUGUGCCUAUCCUGGCCUGAAUGAGAGCCAUCUGUCAAUUACAUUAUCCACGAGCCCAAACAGGGGACAACAACAACAACAACAACUCACACACACAGGACAGUUCAGUGAUGAAUGGCACAUUUAUUCAGCAACUCCUGAUGGUGCAGAAUGCAGCAGGAUGUUCUAGCUCUAUUGUUGCAGACUCACUGCACAACCUGUAGUUUAGACCUGGAUUCGUACUAUCAUGUGCUGUCUGCUUUGUAAUUGGUUAUGUUAAUGAGUGUUUGGGUCGGACAAACAUACAUGAAGAAGACAGCAGAAUACCUUGUGAUGGCAGGUGUUAUGUAAUUUUAGUGGCACAUCAUAAAUGUUAAUAUGUAACUUAUUCAAAAGUUGGUCUCUCAUAACAUGUAUUUACCUUUGUGUCGGCCCAUAAAAAAUAUUAUUUGAGAUCCAGGGUCACUUUGCUGAACCACUGCUACUGCAAGUGACUGACAGUAGUGUUACUGCUCUCCACCCCGUACCUACUGCUGCAGCACUAACAGCACUGAGUGAGGUGUCCAGGAGAGAGACAGUAAAAGUCUAAACUAAGAACGAGCAGAUGGAGAAGAAGACGCGUACAUUUUGGAUAGUAGGUUCGUUCCUGCUCAUUUUAGAGACUUCUAACAGUUUAGUGGAGGGUUUGGAAUCAACACGGAGCUAUGACUACACCAAAUAUCACUCUAUGGAUGAGAUAUACAGGUGGAUGGAAGAUGUGGAACGAGGGAACCCAGAGUUGGUCUCCUCUGCCAUCUACGGACACACUUAUGAAGAAAGAAAUAUCACACUGCUGAAGUUGGGGCUACAAAACCCAGAGAGCAGAGAGAAGAAAGUUAUUUGGAUGGACUGUGGUAUCCACGCUCGGGAGUGGAUCGCUCCUGCCUUCUGCCAGUGGUUUGUCAAAGAGAUUGUCAACUCAUAUAAAACCAAUAAGAAGCUGGAGCAGAUUCUGCAGAACGUUGACAUCUAUGUUACUCCUGUGAUCAAUGUGGAUGGAUACAUAUUCACUUGGGCCAAUGACAGUACUCGUCUGUGGAGAAAGUCUCGUUCAACCCCUCCUCCAGGCAGUGGCUGUUAUGGAGUUGACCUCAACAGGAACUUUAAUGCCAACUGGGGAACGGUCGGGGUGUCAUUUGACAGUUGUUCAAAUACCUACUGUGGGAAAUCAGCCGGGUCAGAGCCAGAGGCUAAAGCUGUGAUGGACUUUGUUGGUAAGCUGGUUAACCGAACUCUGUGUUUCCUCACUAUCCACUCUGCUGGGCAACUUAUACUCUUGCCAUAUGGCCACCCUGAGAUCUCUGCACCCAACUACAAUGAACUGGUUUCAGUUGGUAAGGCAGCAGCGGCAGAAAUGAAGAAGCUACAUGGGAUGAACUACACUGUAGGAACAUCUCCACAAAUCCUAUAUGCAAACUCAGGCUCAAGUCGUGACUGGGCUCGUCUCAUUGGCAUCCCAUUCUCUUAUACCUUUGAGCUGAGAGACAAAGGUGAAUUCAGCCACUUGCUACCAGAGGAGCAGAUCAAGCCAGCCUGUGAGGAGGCCUUCGCAGGAGCUCUCUCCAUCAUCACAUAUGUCCACGACAAGACCUAUGGUACCCUCCCUAAUGCUGCUGUCACCACAAUGACAACCACAAUUUCUGGGGUUGCUAUGACAAUUUGGAGCACUGUCAUGGUUGUGUCUCUCACCAUAGGGGUCUUGAUGUAAGACAGUGAAAACAUACAAGGUCUGACCACAAAUUCGUAUGCAACACUGGCUAACCUCUCUACAGCCAGAUGUGAAAACUGUGCUUUCAAAAUAAAUAUUGCAUUUAUG